AUGCAAUUCUUUUCCCGUUUCUGGAAUACUCGUCGUUCUCCAACUCCUCAGGAAACCAAAAUUGUCGGCCGAUCGACUUGGAUCCUUCUUCAUUCAAUCGCUAACCAUUUGCCCAAUCGGCCAACUACUGAGCAAAAACAUGCUUUCCAUUCACUAAUCCACUCGCUAUCUGUCCUUUAUCCAUGCCGGAGUUGUGCCACAGCCUUUAAAGCGCUCUUGGCAGCCCCAAUCCCUUGUGACACCCGAAGUGAUUUGGCCACUACUCUUUGCCACUUUCAUAACUUUGUGAACCAACAACUAGGCAAACCUGAACUUAAUUGCCAAGUCAUCAUUAAAAACACAGAACCACGGCCUUUACUGGCUAAAUCUAGUUUACUCGCACCAUUUACUCCCUUUAUUAACAUUGUUUAUGGUCUAUGGCCAAAUAAUGUGGCUGCUAAAUCAAGAGUCCUGCGGUAA